AUGAGAUUGAAACAGUCACACAGGUUCCGGGCCUAUUCCAGAAAAAUGUCUCUUCUCAUCCUCACGUUAUUUGUGGCUAGUGUUGUUGCUGAUUUUGAUUUCCUUGAUGAACAUAAUGCUCGUAGACGAGAUGUCAGCCCAUCUGCCUCUAACAUGCGAAAACUGAAGUGGAGUAACGAACUAGCUGAUUUGGCCUGGAGUCAUGCAGUAACAUGUUCCUUCGGACAUAAUAAUCCUCAAUCUUCAAUCUUUAACUACGUUGGACAAAAUAUUGCUUCUUCUGAUCCUCGUAUUUCUGCUAAAGAAAUCGUUAAAAUGUGGGACAACGAGAAAAGUAAGUACAACUACUACUCCAACACGUGCAGUGGAAUAUGCGGUCAUUAUACACAGGUUAAUUGGGCAAACACGGAGUAUGUCGGAUGUGCAGUGGUCGACUGUUCUUUUGGUUCUUUCUACGUCUGUAAUUACGGAGAAGGUGGCAAUUUUAAUAACGCUCGACCCUACAACCAAGGAACUCCCUGUUCUGGAUGUCCAACCGGGUACUCAUGCGAAAAUAAACUCUGUGUCUAA